AUGAAGUGGACAACGGGUCUGCUCUUGGCGGUGGCUCUGCUCACUCUGCCAUCCCCGGGACUCGCCUCUCGGAAUCUCACGGAGUUCAUGGGACACCGGCAGAAGCGUUGGCUGAUCUACCAGAACAGUGGAUCCAUGAAGUUCAGCAUUGGUCCCUCGACCCCUAUUCCGCUGGGCGAUAAGGUGAGCUUCCGGUCCUGUGUGCUGUCCUUCACGCUCCAAGGUGGCUCCUACUCGCUGCCCACGUCGCCCAUCUGGCCCUGGGACAAGUGGGAGGGCACCUUUGCCCGCUCCUUGGAGCACAUGAGGCGGAACAUCGAGCGGCACACGGCCAGUGGAGGAGUGCGAUAUGCCGACGAUGCCAGGCUCUUGGUCUACACCGCUCUGGAGGAGUACAUGGGCAGGAGCAACAACGACCGUUCCAUGGGCAGGCAGUGCCUCCUACGGUCCAUCUGCGAGAACGCCCAGAUACAUCAUCACAUCGGGGUGUUCUCGGAAAUUAUGGAUAUCGUACUCAGUCCCGGCAAAGCGGAUUUGGACAGCUCCUAUCACGAGGCCUUCGCUGCCGGAAAGGCUGGAGCGAAUUGUCUGGGCCUCUACCGGUCCUGUCCUCGGGGCUCCAACUUCCUCGACGGGCUUUUGAUUGAGGAAGAUGAUUGAUUUACUGCUGCUGCGGCGGAUUUCUGUGCACUACGGAGGAGAAUGGGGAUCCGCAAUAAAGUUUUCAGCCAAAUCAAAGUGCAUGUCUAAUGGGUCUUGUCCUGAUGUCGGAUUCCGCUUGUUCUUGCUGCAUAAUUUGGGGCGGAAAUGCACGGAAGCAUGUCUGAGGGGCCAGGAAACUGUGUUGACUCGGCUCGAGCAUGAGCAUGUGUGCACAUCGAUGCAGGCGUACCAG